UGAAGAUGAAAAAGAGAGAGAGAGGAGAGAGAGAGAGACUGAGAUUCCUCUCCAAGUCUCCAUUAUAAAUUUAUAAUAAAGCUAAAGACCCCCAGAAAUGGGAAGGGAGGGAGGAAAGAAAGGAACAAAAGGUUGGGUUUUGUGUCAGCAACAAAGUUUUCAAUAAAGCAUUAAAUCUUUUCUGGGUUUUCUGUAACAUUUGGAAGGCAGUGAAGAAGAGAGACAGAGGCUCAUCUGUUUUCUGGUUUCUUCUUCUGCUUUCCUUUCAUUUAGAAGAGAUCGAGACAACGAGAACCCUUGGUGGGUUUCAUAGAGCAGAGAGGAGAGGAGAAGAUGUUGGAAGGCAAAGCUCUGAUAGAAGACACAGACAUGCCUGUGAAGAUGCAGAUACAGGCCAUGAGUUCUGCUUCCCAAGCGCUUGAUCUCUACGACGUUUUUGACUGCAAAUCCAUUGCUGCCCACAUAAAAAAGGAAUUCGAUACGACUUAUGGAUCUGGGUGGCAAUGCGUUGUGGGUUCCAACUUUGGUUGUUUCUUCACUCAUUCUCAGGGGACUUUCAUCUAUUUUGCCCUGGAGACCCUCAAAUUCCUCAUCUUCAAAGGCGCCUCUUCAGCUCCUGCUAUUUCUGGAAACUAAAUACUAUGCUGAGAAGUAAAUAUUAUCAACCACUGUAACUCCUCUACCAGUUACUCUGUUCCUUUUUUUCCUUCUGUCUUUUCCUUUUUUUUCGUUCUUUUUGUGAAUCAGUGCAGGGAGAAAUAUCAAAUGAAAGGGAAAGUAAGGAAAAAGAGAGAGGGGGAUGAAGAGAUUAUCAAGGAGAUAAUCCCACAGAUGCCCACUUGGGAUCUUUGGGUUCUCCUUGCAUUUAUUGUAAUCAGACUAAAUCAGUAUCUCUGUAAGGCUCUUUGAAGGAGCAAUUAUGGUGCCUUGUGCAUGUAGGAGUAGGAUGUACAAAUGAUCUGCUAGUGGUUAAAAUGUCUUUAUCAUCUUCACUUUCUGUGAAACUUCAAAGUUCAAAUGGAUGAUUCUCUCUC